AUGACGUCGUCGCCGCCGUCGGCCGCUUCGGAUUCGGUCCCGGAACCGUCGAGCUUAAAUGAUCAGCAGCACACAACAGCCACCAACACAACACCCCGAACCAGUUCCUCGUCACUAGCAGCUUCCACAACCCCCUCAUCCACAGCAACAAUAAUAGAUCGGCCCCCAUCCCCCGCCGGCAGCCUCGACGCUAUGAGCGACGAUGAGGAAAACGACUACAACACCAUCACCCACACCGAGCCCCCCACGACCCGCGGCGUCAAGCUUCUCUUCUGCAAAUCCAAGGUCUACGUUCAUCCGACUCCCUCUGCGCGCGACAAUGUCCCCGGCUACAUCGCCCUGCUUCAGCAGAAACCCUCCCCGCUCACUACUUCUCUCGACUCUGAGCCAUCAUCCCGCACGAACCCCUCCUCAGCCGACCUCCUCCUCGCCUGGAUCCCUGACUCCCAGCUCGGCGCCGCUGCCCCGACUUACGCCAAAGUCGACAUGAAUAUUGAUUCCGAUUCUCCCCCGCGCCUGGCACAUCUCGUCCCCCCCAUCCCCAUCGUCACCUCCCACCCGGGCAACUCGAGCGCCAGCCCUUACAUCCCCUCCCGCAAUUCCCUUGCCUACGGCCAUUCCCCAUUUGCAAUCCCCCUCUCCGCAAUCUUCUCCAUCCUUCUGCGUCCCCCUUCCCCGGGCUGGUGGCACGGCAGCAUCGUCAUCAACGUCCGCGGCGGGGAGUCCUUCCCGCCGCUCUUCUUUCACGACAACGAGUGCGCGAGCACGAUGGCGCAGAAGAGGAAGAGGACGCAUGAGAGGUUUGAUCCGUUUGGGGAGGACGGGGAAGUUUUCUGGGGAGGGGAUGAGGUGAUGCGGUGGGUAAGGCGGUACGUGCGGGUCGAGAGGAGUGGUGUCGAGAAUGGGGUUUGGUUGAUUGAGCCGAGUAAGGAGGAUAGCGAGGCUUUCGGAGCUGGGGCUCUUGGGGGGAAGGGGUUGGUUGGGGGGAGGAGGGGGAGUACUUCACGGGCAGGACCAUCGAAUGCUGCCGCCGGGGCUGGGAGGGGAGGGGGAGGUAUUGAUCCUCUGAUGAAGUUUGUUAAGGAGGCCGGGUGGAAUAUCAUGGAGAAGUUUAGCAAGGUGACGACGUUUACGAGGCAGGCGGCACAGGAUGUGCUGGACAAUCCGCGGAUGCCGCCUCAGGUGAGGAGGUUGUUGCGUAACCCCGAGGUACAGACUCUUCAGGAGGAGUUUGAUAGCGCGCGGAUCUAUCUCGCGCGCUGGGCGAUGGGGAUUGCGGAGCAGAGCGAGCGUGAGCGAAGCCAACGCAUAUGGACCGCUCGCGAAGUCAUGGAGCUGGAGAACACCGACGUAGGCGAGUUCGAGCUACUCGAGCGGGCCAACAGCCUCACCCUAGAGGAAGCUCGGAAGCCUGUGACUCUCAAAGAGUGGAUCGGCUACUUCGACCCACACACCGGCCAACUCCUCGUCACAGUGGACGAAGUCAAAGAGCGUAUCUUCCACGGCGGCCUGGACCCGGACGUCCGCAAAGAAGCCUGGCUCUUCCUGCUCAACGUCUACGACUGGUACAGCACGCGCGACGAGCGCAAAGCCCAGGCCGCCUCCCUGCGCGACGCCUACCUCAAGCUCAAAGCCUCUUGGUGGGAGCGACAGAUCGACCUUGGCGGCCAAGGAGAAGAAGGAGAGUGGUGGCGCGAGCAACGCGGCCGCAUCGAAAAGGAUGUGCACCGCACCGACCGCAACGUGCCGCUCUUUGCGGGCGAGGAUAUCCCUCACCCGGAUCCGGACUCCCCCUACGCGAGUGUGGGGACUAACGUGCAUCUGGAGCAGAUGAAGGAUAUGUUGCUGACGUAUAAUGAGUAUAACAAGGAUUUGGGGUAUGUGCAGGGGAUGUCAGACCUGCUGGCGCCGCUGUAUGCGGUGCUACAGGAUGAUGCGCUGGCGUUUUGGGCGUUUAAGGGGUUUAUGGAUCGGAUGGAGAGAAAUUUUUUGCGGGAUCAGACGGGCAUGAGGGCGCAGCUGACGGCGCUGAAUCAUCUAGUGCAGUUCAUGGAUUCGGCGUUGUAUAAGCAUUUGGAGAAGGCGGAGAGCACGAACUUCUUCUUCUUUUUCCGGAUGCUGUUGGUGUGGUAUAAGCGAGAGUUUAAAUGGGCGGAUGUGUUGAGGUUAUGGGAGGCGCUGUGGACGGAUUAUUUGUCGAGCCAAUUUCAUUUGUUCGUUGCAUUGGCGAUACUGGAGAAGCAUCGCGAGGUGAUAAUGGAGCAUUUGGAGCGGUUUGAUGAGGUGUUAAAAUAUAUCAACGAGCUCUCUGGCACAAUGGACCUCGAAUCGACACUCAUCCGCGCUGAGGCCCUAUUCAAGCGCUUCCAGCGCCUAGUUGACGCGGUCGACAAAAAGAGCAACUUCCCUGCUCCAAGGCCACUUUUCUCCCCUUCGCCUUCGUCAUCCCAGCAGUCUGUUGCUAGCACUGGCAGUAAUGCUGGGGGGAAGUUGCCGAGUCAGGCCCCGGGUUUGUCACAGAAAGAGCAACAGCCGAAUCAGUCAGAACGGGUGAUUACCCCUGAGCUGAGGAAGUUGUUGAGUCGGCAGUGGGAGCCGGUGCCGCAUAAGGAUGGGGAUAAGGGGAAGGGCAAGGGGAUGGGGAUGGGGAAGUGA